CAAAAUACAAACAUUCUCUUUUCUUUUUCUUUUUAUUUUGUUCAUUUUUCCCGAAAACAGAAAGGGAAAAAAUCGCGAAAAAAAAAAAAACAGAGCGGCAACGGUCACAGGAGAGACUAACACACCCAAUGCUUAGCUGGAAAACGAAAUUCAAAAUUCAAAAUCAAAUUUUUUCUUGGCACCGUUCGAAAUUGGCACUGUAUUCCCCCUUUUGCCCUAAUACCUAGGGAGCAUUCCUAUAUAUAAACCGUUCAUAUCUGCCCACAAACCCACCACCAUUUCCUCCUCCUUUUCUCAGAUCUAGAAUUCUCCCAAUCCCAGAGAGCGUCUUUGUAUACGCCUCUGGUUUUUUCAGAUCCUUUCUCCUUCUCUUUCUCACGCUCUUAAUCCUUCGAAACAGACCGUUUUUGAUCUUUCAACAAUCAAUCGAAAAUGAGAGAGUGCAUUUCGAUCCACAUUGGUCAGGCCGGUAUCCAGGUCGGAAACGCCUGCUGGGAGCUGUACUGCCUUGAACACGGCAUUCAGGUGAGGAUUUUAAUUUCUUUUUUGUGUAAUCGUGAAGAAUUUGUUUCUCCAUUGUUCAGAUCUGUGUUUAUUUUGGGUGUUUUGACUUAUCGUGGAUUGUUUUCUUUGUAAUUUUGUAGCCUGAUGGACAAAUGCCGAGUGACCACACCGUUGGUGGCGGAGAUGACGCCUUCAACACCUUCUUCAGCGAGACCGGAGCCGGCAAACACGUUCCUCGUGCUGUGUUCGUCGAUCUGGAACCCACUGUCAUCGACGAGGUGAGGACCGGCACCUACCGCCAGCUUUUCCACCCUGAGCAGCUCAUCAGCGGCAAGGAAGACGCCGCCAACAACUUCGCCCGUGGUCACUACACCAUUGGGAAAGAGAUUGUGGAUCUGUGCUUGGAUCGUAUUAGAAAGCUUGCAGAUAACUGCACUGGUCUUCAGGGAUUCUUGGUCUUCCACGCCGUCGGUGGUGGUACCGGAUCUGGGUUGGGAUCUCUCUUGCUUGAGAGGCUUUCUGUUGAUUACGGAAAGAAAUCCAAGCUUGGGUUCACCAUUUACCCAUCUCCUCAGGUCUCAACCGCUGUGGUGGAGCCCUACAACUCUGUCCUGUCCACUCACUCUCUGUUGGAGCACACCGAUGUUGCUGUUCUCCUUGAUAAUGAAGCAAUCUAUGACAUUUGCCGCAAGUCUCUUGACAUUGAAAGGCCAACCUAUACCAACCUGAACCGUCUCAUUUCUCAGGUUAUCUCUUCAUUGACUGCUUCCCUGCGUUUUGAUGGUGCCCUGAAUGUUGACGUGAAUGAGUUCCAAACUAACUUGGUCCCAUACCCAAGAAUUCACUUCAUGCUUUCCUCAUACGCCCCUGUGAUCUCAGCUGAGAAGGCCUACCAUGAGCAGCUCUCAGUGGCUGAAAUCACCAACACUGCUUUUGAGCCAUCUUCUAUGAUGGUGAAGUGUGAUCCCCGCCAUGGCAAAUACAUGGCCUGCUGUUUGAUGUACAGGGGAGAUGUUGUGCCUAAGGAUGUGAAUGCUGCUGUGGCCACCAUCAAGACCAAGAGGACCAUCCAGUUUGUGGACUGGUGCCCAACUGGGUUCAAGUGUGGUAUCAACUACCAGCCACCAACUGUGGUUCCAGGCGGUGAUUUGGCCAAGGUCCAGAGGGCAGUGUGCAUGAUCUCCAACUCAACCAGUGUUGCUGAGGUGUUCUCCAGGAUUGACCACAAGUUUGAUCUCAUGUACGCCAAGCGUGCUUUCGUUCACUGGUAUGUGGGUGAAGGUAUGGAAGAAGGAGAGUUCUCUGAGGCCAGGGAGGACUUGGCUGCUCUGGAGAAGGACUAUGAGGAAGUUGGUGCUGAGUCUGGUGAAGGCGAUGAUGAAGACAACGAUGAGUACUAGAUGAAGAGCUCUAUGAGCUAGUUGCAGCUUGUCUUUUGAUUGUUGUUUUUCAGGCUGGUGUUGUUUUGUCUAUCCAAUGUUCUCAUUGGCAUAUGAACAAUCUGUCUGUUUGAAUUGUGUUUUUAAGUUGAAUGUUAAGUAAGACCUAUUUCAUUAUUAAUUCAGUAUUCCUGAUCUUAAUUGAGUUUGAUGCUGUUCUGCACCAUCUUUGAGUUUUGCACAAAUUUGAUUUCCUCAAAGGUCUUCAAAUGAUCUGUGAAGAUUAUAGGUUGAUACUGUUAUUUUAGUUUAAAAUGAUCAUGAGAAUAUGUAGUGUUCUUACCAAUGUGUCCCCUUGCCUGCGAUUGUGAAUUUUUGAACAUUAAUUUUGAAGUAAGAGAUCACAUCAGAUAACACCAUUAGUAUGCCAUAGGGAAUUAGGGAUACAAUUUUUCCAUCAAAGAACAAAUGAAAGAUGAUUUGGACCUGGUCUUUUGUAAAACAAUCAAUACAUCCAAUGCCAUUCUGGUGUUUGGAUCACCAGAUAGGAGAUUGAUAAGGACUGGUUGGAUCUGAUUUGGGUGAUUAGGUCCAACGCGGCCGGCCCCAUUUUUUUUUAAUAUAAGGAUAGUGUAUAUUUUGAUGUGUAUCUGGAGCUGUGAAUUUCUUGUGCAAAACAAUAUUCCUUUUCUUCUUCUCUCAAGAAUAAUCGUGUAUAUAUAGAAACCUAAUUCUUCGUAAGCAUCAGUGUUACAAGUUACAAAUGACCAAAAAGAAGAAAAGAAAUUCUGACAGCAUAAGUUGUGGAAAUGAUGACAGUUUUGGUGCUCAACUAAUUGAGAUUUGAAUUGUUGAGGAAGUUGUGAUGGGAGGGAGGAGUGGCCUGCAUUGCACUCAAUUGGUUCGCGUUAGUUGAAAAGCAAACCGAAUAAUGAUCCUUAUGGCUUACGUUUGGCCAAAAUUAUUGCGGAUUAGAAUAUGAUUUACCAACAACGUCCAACUAAUAAUUGUUUAUGUUUUUUCUUUUUGGAAAAGAAGAAGCAAGAAUCAAAACGAAAGGGCAUAGAACAAGAUGUGGCACAUGAACUUUGGCAGAGGCAGGCUGCAGAUUCCUUCACGCUACAUCACAGUUUUGCUUCUCAGUCUCGUCUUUGCAAUUUGGUAACUUUUUUGCUUUGACCAUAUUUGCACGUGAAUACAUAUACCCAUCACCCUUCAAGAUCAUAAACCAUCUUCACCGUUUGUAAUCUGUCGGUAUAUACAACUUGCUUGGCAAUUUGCCAAGAAGCCCAAAAAGAUCUCGACAUUCUAAACGUAUUAGUAUUAAAUUCCUGAUCUGCUAGUUCACCAUCAUUUUGCAAAGCUGCUAGUUCAUGUGAGUUUACACAUGUAUGUAUGAUCGAUCCAGGUAGAAAUGAGUGAUGAGUAUCAGCAACCCAUCUGGUUGUGUUCUGUGCUGCCAACUGGAACUAGACAAAACCACCCAUAAAUUAUUGAUUUGAAGAAUAUAGUAGACUAAAAAUUUUGCAAGUAGUAAUUGUCACUGAAAACGCCAAUUAAUUAAUCAAAAAUAUCUGGCCUCCUCCAAACGGAUUAUGCAGAAACCAUUACAUCAAUUAUUGGUCUGGUCUCCAAAAACAUGAAACAAAAUUAAACAGACAAGUUGUUGUUUUUCACACUUAAAAGUUAUACUGUGCGGAAUAUUGCGUGUGAAGGCCUCCCCACAAAAACAACCCACCUCGUACGAAAACAUGAUCUCAUCAAGAAUUUACAUCCAGUAACUCUAGUUUCGAUUAAAACUUUGUCAGUAAUCUCUAGGCACAUAUGAUGAAUCACAAGAAGGACCAAAAUUUAUACUAAUACUAAUAGAUACAUGGGUUGAUUUAAUAUUUACGUACAAGUUGGAUUCUAAUCGGCAAAUUUGUUGUUGGCAAUCGUCCUUCCAGUUCCACCGCCGAGUGGCGAAGCCGGCAAAAUUGGCUUUGACGAGGACAUCGACAUCACCACGACUUUUGUGGACAACCCUUUGUGAUUAAAGUUGAAUUCAUUAGCAGCAUCAAACAAAUUCAGGACUUGAUAAAUCAUGUCCUCUCCCAAGUGGGAAUCUUCAUCUCUGAUCCUCAGGAUUUGAUUAUGCAUCGGCAAAUACAACCCUCCUCCAAUCUUGCUCUUCUCCGUACCGUAACAAUUCCUCCACCUAUGAUGACAACAAUUGCUCCGCCGUCCGGCCACCGGACUUGUAGAAUACGUCCGUGAAUCCAUCUCCUCCGGCGAUGAUCCCACGCCCUGUUGAUUUUCUUUCACCCUCAUAUCGAUCAAUCUAAUUAAUUUUUUCGUGGGUGUUUUUCUCUUUCUCGGAUCCUAAUACACUAGGAAUUUUGUGUAUGAAAAAAAGUGUACCUAAUAAUGAAUGAAUAACGUGAAGUUUGAUGCCUAUUUAUAUAAAACAGAGACGUGGGAGAAGUAGUAGCAAGUGCUUUGCAAUUUUGCAUGUGUGGAUUGGAAUUGGAGACUCGUAUUAAUACACUGCUUCUACUUGGUUAAGUAAAGCUUCCCCGUUGAUGAUUAUCUUCCUAGUAGUAGUAGUGUUUUCUAGUUUUAUUAUAUGUAAACGGCCACGUGUCCCGGGAGGUAAAAAGGAAGUUGGGUUGGGGGAAACUUGGUCCAUAUUUCUUCCUGUGACGUUGUAUUUUAUUUAUUUCGU